UUUAAUCUGUCAACAUUUAAACGUCAACUUAGAAACGUCAAAUAGUUUCGUGAUUUCAUCUUUUUCUCAACAAUUUUCGUAAUUUCUAAAAUUUCAAAGUUCUAAAUCUGUGUAACAAUGCAAACAAUUCGAAGAAUAGCAUUGUUUUAGCAGUGAAUCAAGUAAAUGGACAGCCAGUCCACGAUGUCUAGUGAGAACACAGACGGUCCGAAAGUGGAGGCCGCGGGCGAGUGCAACGGCCCGGCCGCGGACCAAACGAGGAGAUUACUAGAAGAAGAAUUUAAUGUUCAACGAGCGAAAAUGAAAGAGUUGUUCUUGCAAAAAGAAGAGGACAUGAGGAAGAUGCUUCAGGACAAGGAGCAGUUGGAGUCGGAGGUGCUGGGGCUCCGGGCUGAGCUGCAGCAGCUGCAGACCCUCAGUGAGAACCAGAAGUCGGAGAUACAGAGCUUGCAGAUGCUUGUUAGUGAAACAGUGGAAGCAUCGUCAUCAGGCACGGAGGAGGUGAGGCGGCUGCGCGCCAGGAACCUGGAGCUGGAGCAGCAUCUCAACCAGAUGAGGCAGCAGCAGCAGGAGGUGUCCCUGGCCCCCGCCACCUUCGUCCGCUCCCUCGCCAGGAAGCUCACGGCCGAGACUGAAGAUCAGCCGCCUAAGAAGAAUUUAGAAGAAGAGUUACUGCGGUCCAUUAUCCAGCCUCUUGAGAUGGAGAUCGCGGCGCUCAAGACCAAACUACGAGAUACCGACGCGCAGCUGCAAGAUGCCCUAGCGAAAGCGAAAACUACAGCCGCCGCCGCCGCGAGUGGGGAUGCCAAAACAGAAAAUGCAGAGGCGAGCAGACAAUGCGACAUGUGCGCGAACUAUGAGAAGCAGCUGGUGCUGGAGCAGGCCAACGCUGAGCAAGCUCGCGACAAGGCCCUCAUGAAGGAGUUGGCGCUCAAACAGGCGACGGAAGAGCUGGAAGGCGUCAGAUCCCUGCACGACGAGACGGUUCGGUCGUGGCACUCGGAGCGGCAGGCCAGCGCCGAGCAGCUGGACAGCCUGCAGGCGGCAGUGGACGCGGCUCGUGCUGCCCUGGAGCAGCAGGCCGCGGCGGCCGAGCAGGCCUCGCAGCGAGCGCUGCAGCAUGUCACCGAGCUCACGGUGGACAGGGAGACGCUGCAGAAGAAGCUCGACAGUUUAGAGAGAGAUAACGCGAUGUUAAUGGGACAGUACACGAAGAAGGCGGCCGACAUGCAGAACGAAAUCAUCGACCUGCCUGAUAAUGUAGAGGAAUUACAAGAGCUGACGCUACGUCUCCGGGAGCAGCUGAUCCUCUGCGAGAUAGGUCGCGAGGAGGCGCGCGGCGCAGAGCGCGAGCUGAGAGCACAACUGCUGGAGCACGGAGCCCUGUUCCACCGACAGGACGCUGAGCUCACUGCGCUCAGGAACAGCCUUAAGGAGGCCAAGGAGGAAAUCGACCGUCUCCAAACGGAGCAAGCAGCGAUGCAGGAGCUAGGGUCACGGCUGCGUCAGGCGGGCGAGCUGGGAUCCACCCUGCUGGAGGACAAGCGGCGCCUGCAAGCCGAGCUGCUCGAGCUGAGGGGCCGCGUCUCCGUGCUGCAGCAAGAGCUGGAUAACAGCGAGAAGGUGCAGCAGGACUUCGUGCGCCUGUCGCAGUCGCUGCAGGUGCAGCUGCAGCGCAUCCGCGAGGCGGACACGGAGGUGCGGUGGCAGCACGAGGACGACGUGCACGAGUGUCCCGCCUGCCACGCGCAUCUGCCCAACCCCAAGAAGAAGGUGCACUGCCGGCACUGCGGGCGCAUCUUCUGCAGCGCGUGCGUGUCGUGCAGCGUCCCCGCCGGGCCGCGCCGCGUGCCCGCGCGGGUCUGCGCCGUGUGCCGCACGCUGCUGCAGCCCCACGCCGCGCCCUACUUCAGCACCGAGCCGCCGCGCUCGCCCGACUAGCCGCCCAAACCAAGCUACUUCCACGAUACAGUUACACCCCAGCCUCAUCACGCAAUAGUCACUACGGCGACUCCACAAAACUUUCAAUAUCGCGGUGCAUUCAAAUUGAAAGGCGCUUUCAAUUCAAGCUAUCAAUAAAACGUCCCCGCCCCCCAUCCCAAGUGAAAUACACUCCCAAUACACUUACAAAAAUGCAAUACUUCUCGGUGCCUCUCUGUCCAUGGCUACUUGAUUUAACCUUUUGAACGCCAAUGUCGGCUAUAGCCGACAUGAGCAAGCGUGCCCUGUGCGCCAACGACGGCUAUACUCGACAAAAAACAGGUCGCAGAAAAAUACUAAAUAAACCUAUUAAAUCAUUACUUUUAUGUAUUUUUUAGUAGAUAUUUAAUUAAGAUUUUCGGGCUUGGCGUACAGGGCAUAGGAAUACCGAUAUGGCGUGGCGGUGAAAAGGUUAAUGUGAUCUCGUCCCAAGCUUUAACAAUAUUUCAAGCUCUUUCCGCAAGACAUCUUCAAGUUGUGACAAAAGCGGCUCUCGACGCCUUUCAUCCCUCCAUUUUGUAACCAGCUGUGCUAAAGUAUUUCUGUUAGACUUUGUUCACCUCAGAGUAAUAUCGGUAAUAUUAGAAUUAGUGUAGCUAGACAAUCUUUAUUGUGUUAAAUUAUUUUUGUUGAGGACAGCCUGGUUGCAGGCUUCGAGAUUUUCAUGAUGAAUGAUUCGUGAUAAAGGGAAUCAACAGCCUUAUAAGAAAAAAAAAUCGAAAGAAUCUAUGUUAAUAAACAAAAUUGUUGUCAAAAAUUGGAUAUAUGUAUCUGAAUGGUGUGAAGCCAGUGUAAUUCGGAUAAGGUUGUUGUGCUGGUCGCGCCUGCGCAGUGAGUGCGCACUGAACACUAAGUUAUGACAUCUAGCGAUAGCGUAGAAUAAGAGUUGUAAUAUAAAGAUAUUUUAUUGUAAAUAAAAGAGCUCCAUAUUA